CUCAAACUCUCUGCUUCAUUCAACUUCCCUCAGCCUCAGAUUUUUCCCUUCUUCCCUAGAUUUUUUUUUUUGUUUGUUUCUUGGGUCUUUUCUUUCUUCUUGAAACCUUAAUAUUUGGUUGAAAAAUGAUUACUUCCGACAACGAAAAAGAUGAUAUGCAUAUGCUUCCAAUUUCAGACUCAUCAUCUUCUACCAGAGCUUUCAAUUCCAGGACACGCAACGUUUCCCACUCAAACCCUACUUCCUAUGCUGACGGAUCCGACAACUCAACAGUGGUUUUAGGCUACACGGGUCCUCUUCGAACCCAGGGACGUCCUCCUUUAGUUCAAAUGCGUGCUCCUCUUACCUCUUCUCGCCAACCUGAACCUAUCUUUCUUCCUCAUCCUUCUACUACUUCUUCUGAUUCCGUUGGUGUCUCUACUCAGCUUGAGAUGCAUCCUUCUGCUCUUGAACAUAAAAACACCUCAGACGAUUUGAAGCACGCAAAGCCCUUAAGAUCUGGAACAUUAGGAGUGUGUAGUGAUCCUUACUGUACCACUUGCCCUUCUCAUUACAACCAUAAGGCAGCUCUUAUUCCUCAUUCCACAGGCUCUUCAUAUUCUGAUUCCACGGUCCAUAACAUUCUGGAUGGUGAUGCUACACGUUGUGAUGGGCGAUUUGCUUCAUCUGUUAUCAUGCUUUCUGAAAUCGUGAAUCCUCAUAACAAAAUUUUUAAAAGAUGGAGUAAAUUCUUCGCCUUAUCAUGCUUGCUAGCUAUUUUUAUAGAUCCUGUCUUCUUCUUCCUUGUAAAAGUCGACCAGCGAAACAAAUGCAUUCGGAUUGACUGGCCGAUGGCAGACGCAUGUGUUGCCGUUAGAAGUGUAACAGAUUUUAUAUUUCUUAUGAACAUUCUACUUCAGUUCCGAUUGGCCUACGUAGCUCCAGAGUCUCUUGUGGUUGGUGCUGGCGAGUUAGUUACUGAUCCGAAGAAAAUUGCCCUCCAUUAUCUCCGAGGAAAGUUUAUCCUUGAUUUGUCCGUAGUGCUGCCACUCCCUCAGAUAUUGAUAUUAGGGAUAAUACCAAAACACUUGGGCACCCAGGAAGACCUUGGGAAAUACUGUUUACGAGCUGUAGUUCUUUUACAAUACAUUCCAAAGUUAUGUAGACUUCUACCAUUUCUUGCUGGACAAACACCAACCGGAUUUAUAUUUGAGUCAGCUUGGGCUAGUUUUUUCAUUAAUCUUUUCACCGUCAUGCUUGCUGCACAUGUUGUUGGCUCUUGCUGGUAUCUUUUUGGUCUGCAGAGAGUUAAUCAAUGCUUUCGACAUGCUUGCGGUAAGCUUGACAGAGGAUGUGCAGAUCUUAUAGAUUGUGGUAUUAAUCGAAAUAGCAGCGAUUUACAAGUACGAGCUGCCAGCUGGAGAGAUAAUGCUAGUGCCAUUGCUUGUUUCCAAGCAGAUGGUUUUUCUUAUGGGAUCUAUUCAAAAACAGUCAAUCUUACCACACACUCUUGUAUCUUCACAAGAUACACUUACUCUCUCUUCUGGGGUUUUCAGCAAAUCAGCACUCUUGCUGGUAACCAAGUCCCAAACUACGAUCUUUUGGAGGCCCUCUUUACUAUGAGUAUCAUCGGAUUAGGACUUUUGCUUUUCGCACUUCUUAUUGGUAAUAUGCAAAUUUUUCUACAAGCUCUUGGGAAAAGGAAUAUGGAAAUGACACUAAGACGGCGUGAUGUGGAUCAAUGGAUGAGCCAUAGACGGUUGCCAACUAGUAUAAGAAAGAGGGUGCGAGAUGCUGAGAGGUUCAACUGGGCUGCUACUAGAGGCGUUAACGAAGAACUGCUCCUUGAGAAUAUGCCUGAUGACCUUCAAAAAGAUAUAAGACGACACCUCUUCGAAUUUCUCAAGAAGGUGAACAUAUUUCGUGAUAUGGAUGACUCAAUCAUUGAUGCUAUCGGUGAGAGGCUGCAACAGAGGACAUACAUAAAGAACACAGUGUUACACAGCGGAGGUCUAGUUGAGAAAAUGGGAUUCAUAGUGAGAGGUACGGUGGAGAGCACUGAUGAGAGCGGUUGUAAGCUAAUACUAUCGGAAGGUGACGUUUUUUGUGAAGAGCUCUUCACUUGGUGCCUUGGCUCUUCUGUAAAACACGGUGGGACGAUGAUAGAUAUGAAACCAAAGGGAUUGGUUAGCAACAGCUUUGUCACGUGUAUUAGUAACGUGGUGGCGUUUUGGCUGAGUGUAGAAGAUCUUGAACAUGUAAAGAGCUUGUUGAUCUCGACUCGAGAGUACCAAGGAGCCAUAGAGUCCAGAGAGCCAUAAUUACGUACAAUUAGUCCAUGUCCGAGGCUGGCUUGGAGAAACCGAAGAAGACGGCUUCAGAGCGCGGCCGUGCCUACUUGCGAAUUGUGCCAAUAUUAAUAUAUUUAAAUAAAUUUACAAAAAAAAAAAAAAAAAAAAAAAAAA